CCACAGAGCAUGCAGCCAGCUGCAGCGUACAUAACACUGCCCACUGUAUCCCAAGACGUCAGAAUCCUGCAGCCAAAUUUGGCACGGCACAUGGGCAGAAUUAGUGGCCAGAGAAGCAGAAAGUAAUCUUCCGGCUGACUGGACAUCUCUUGGAGUGACCAACAAAGCCAGGAAUAACACCCGGUGAUAAAGAGUUUAUACCCUGUGUGUGGAAUACCAGAAUGCCAGGAGAAGUGAUGGAUGACAAUAGGCGGCACGAUGCUAGCAUCAGCAUGAAGGCGGUGACAAUCGAAAAAGUUCCAGACAAGCUCUUGCUCAAUGCCUUCUCAUUUCUGAAGCACAAGGAGCUUGGGAGGGUGGCACAAGUGUGUCGGAAAUGGCGUCUGCUUGCUUAUGACAGUCGACUAUGGCAGAUCGUGUCGCUCCGCCCAGAAUUCUCAGGUCUUCAUGUAAACCACAUAGAAACUCUGAUGGCGCUGAUAAGUCUUCGAUUCGGUGUCACUCUCAAAUAUAUUGAGCUGCCAAGUGAACUUAUUCAAGCACCUGUGUUACAUGAACUGUCAAACAAAUGUCCAAAUCUUCGAAACAUGACCUUGGACUUUUCGAAUGCCAUGCAGCUCCAUGACUUUAAUGACCUCAACUCCUUCCCCUGCAAUUUACGAAGUCUCUGUAUCUGCCUCUCGGAGGUCAUCUUCCUGGAAGGGUUCAUGCGCAGGAUAUAUAGCUGUCUAUCAUCGCUGGAAGUCAUGCACUUAAUAGGAACAUUUGAGCUGUCAACCGAAUCUGACGAAGACAGCUAUGAAGUCAUCAACAUCAGUAAGAUCAAAGCGCAUACGCCAAACUUAAAGAUUGUCAACUUUUAUGGAAUUGGUUUCAUUGAUGACUCCCACAUCGAACUAUUGACCUCCAACUGUAUCCAUCUGGAGUGUCUGGCUCUCAACUUCUGUCUCCGAGUGCGAGGAUCAUCCUUCAAGACCUUGAUACAGCGCUGCAAGAAGCUGAAAUCCCUCCUCCUGCAGCACACAGGUGUUGAAGACACACACAUGCAGAGUGUGCCAUGGGAGACGUCCUCGGUCACUGAACUCGAUCUCACUUCAACAGAGCUUUCAGCGGAGUGCUUGGAGAAUGUGCUCACACGUAUGCCUGGAUUCACAUACCUUGGUCUUGGGCACUGCGAGUUCUUUUCAGAUAAAGUAUUGGAGAAGUUGAUGGAGAAAGGCAAGUUAAACCGCCUCCAAGCACUGGAUGUAAGCCACACCCAUGCACUGUCCGAGAACACACUGUACCAAUUCCUGCAGAUCCACGGACCCAAUCUCCGUGGUUUGAUGUUGGCAGGGAAAUCCAAACUCACAGAGAACUUCUGGCUGAAUGUCAUUCCAUUCAUUAAGAGAAUGCAAGUGUGUUGUCUUGGCACUGCAAAUGGCUGGUUCCUGAAGAUGUCGAGUCGCGUCCAUGUGGACCAGAUCGUGGAGGCGUUCGCCCAACACUGCCCCAAGCUGCUGCGUGUGGAGAUUCAGUGACCCGACACUAUCAGAUACAGCGACAAGAGCAACAAGUUCAUAGAUCAUCUCAGGUUGCGCUGUCCCCACUUAAAGUCCUUUACAUUAAGUGAUGGAGAGUACUACGAAAUGGUCAAGUCAAAUUUCGAGCGUGCUGAUCGCCUGAAAGUUGUUCGGACAACCACCAACUACAGCACAAGUAUUGUCAGCCUCCUAGCUAACUACAGUGACCUGUUGUUCAACUGAUUCACGUGAUAAAGGGGACGGUUGAUCAGACUUUCAUUAUACGUGUAUUCAGGGUUUGUUUAAAGUGAGCCCAGCCCCCUCCUCAGCCUGAAACAGUUAAAUUCUGACGUUGUCGUGAACGAUUAAAUUGUAUUGUGAUCAUGGCAGAGAACAGAAUUUGCAUGUCUUGUGAAGGUCAACAAUUAUUAUAUGGUCAUAUGUUAACUAAGGCUUAUACAAACUUAAAUUACCAUUAACUUCAAAUUGUACUUUAAAUUGAUGAUGAUAUUGUAAUGUAUUACAUCAGUAUGUACCAUGUAACUUUUAAAAUGUUCCCAAGAAUAUCAAAAUCUUUUGCUAAUACCAAUCAUUAUCUUUGAAAUAAAAAGUAAGUUAGAAUCAAUAAUGAUUGUAUUACAUGCAGGAAUACCAGUAAAAUAUAAACUGGACAAAAUAAGUUAGGGAUAUUGGUAUUUUUAUGAUUGAUAUUUUAUCAGUGUGUCA